UGUUUACAACAUGCUCUCUCAGCUAUCCAACAUUUUCUCCUCUAAGGGCGCUCCCUCAGCGCUCCUGGUUCUCAGCAUCCCUAAUGUACGCGCAGUCAGUAUCCUGCAUAUCAUUCCCGAGGACGGCGCCACCGAACAGUUCAAGCUCUCCAACACCUACACUCCCUCCACCAUCCGCUUUCGCGGUGCCACAGAACAAUCUCGAGAGGAAAUUGGCACGGUGAUGCUUCAUACCGGCGAUGGCGAGUCGUCCCUCGCUUUCCUCGAGAGUGUGGCAGACAGAGCCAGCAAGAUCACGGACCGCGCCGCCACCAAUCGCUCGACGCCCGAAGAGAUUGGCAACGCCGAAGUCUCACGAUGGGUGGACGAUGUCCUCAAACCGGCGGCACACGAUGCGAUCCUCGCCAUCGAGGGGCGGGCUCCCUCUAUGAACGCGAUGCAGCUUUACCACGUCUCUGUCGUUUACAUCAAACGCUCGAAGCCGGGGAGGAUCAACAAUCUUGACGAUUUCACGAGUAUCUGACAGAGCCUGCUGCUCUCGCUCAUAUUGUGUCUCGAUAAUAUCAUCCGUCACCCCUUGUACCAAGUUCACCACUUAUCUCCCCUCAUCUCCUCAAUCAAAACAGG